UUUGGGAGACAAAAAGUGCUGAAGAGGAAAUGGCAGAAGAGGGAGAAGUGAUCGGUUGUCACACCGUUGAGGCUUGGAACGAGCAGCUUCAAAAGGGAAACGAAUCCAAGAAACUGGUGGUGGCUGUUUUUACUGCUUCAUGGUGUGGACCAUGCCGUAUUAUUUCCCCUAUCUUGGCAGGGCUGGCCAAGAAGCUGCCUAAUAAUGUCAUUUUUCUCAAGGUGGAUGUGGAUGAACUGAAGACUGUUGCAACAGAGUGGGCAGUGGAGGCUAUGCUAACCUUCAUUUUCCUGAAAGAAGGCAAGCCAGUGGACAAGAUUGUGGACGCAAAGAAAGAGGAGCUGCAGCAGAAGAUCACACUGCAUGCUGCUGCAUAAAAUGUUAAUUUCCUUAGUGUUUGAGGAUAUUAUAGAACUUGGGCUUUCUAUGA